AUGGACGUUUUCAAAAUCGACCAGUCGCUGAGCGCGGGUCUGGGUAGCGCCCCGGCACCAGACACCCUUACACCGGAAGUGUCCUUUGACGCCGGUAGUGAGUUCAAUCUGAGCUUCUUCGACGGACCGGAGGAGAACAGCACCCAAGGAUUCAGCGAUCCCGGUUCUGUGGGUAGUGCCAGCGCGUCACCUCCGCCAGGAACACCCGGAAACAUCCCCGUUAACCCCUCCAACGCUGCCCUACCGAUUGUCCAAGUACCCUCUGGCAUCGUCAUUAAGCAAGAACAACACUACGCGGCAGCCGAUUCGAACAGUUCGACGCCCGCGAAGAGUUUCGUGGCCUGUAGAGUUUGCGGCGAUAAAGCGAGCGGUUACCACUACGGCGUGACCAGCUGCGAGGGCUGCAAAGGUUUCUUCAGGAGAAGCAUUCAGAAGCAAAUAGAAUACAGGUGUCUGAGGGACGGCAAGUGUCUUGUCAUCAGAUUAAAUCGGAACCGCUGCCAGUACUGCAGAUUUAAGAAGUGCCUAGCUGUCGGCAUGUCCAGGGACUCUGUAAGAUACGGCAGAGUGCCGAAGCGUUCAAGGGAACGUGGUCCCGAGGACGCUGUCCCGACCACCACGACAACGACAGCGACCACGGGUGUCCAACAGUUAACCUCUCCCGGCGCUGCCAAUAACAACAACAACAAUAACAAUAAUAACAACAACAACACCAGUCAAAAUAACAACAACAGCAGCGGCCAGGGUCAAAACGCCAUACCGUGUGUGCCACCAGCCGCAGUGGUGGAAGCGGAUCAGUCAGACGCAGACGUGAAACAGUUGGCUGUGUACGACGUGAUACUUCAAGUCUCCCAGGCGCAUCACGCUCAUUGUGGCUUCACUGAAGAAUCGACGAGAGGAAUUGUCAGGAAACCGAUGAUAAUACCGCCGGCCAGUCCAGAGGACCCAGAGGCGGCAUCCUCGACGGCGGAAACUGUCGAAUCGCAAAGGAUCUGGCUUUGGCAACAAUUCGCCACCAGAGUGACGCCAUCCGUGCAGAGGGUGGUGGAGUUUGCCAAAAGGGUGCCAGGAUUUUGCGAUCUUUCGCAGGACGAUCAGCUGAUCCUGAUCAAGGUCGGUUUUUUCGAGGUCUGGCUUAGCCACAUCUCGAAAAUGACCACCGACAGCUCCAUGACCUUCGAGGAUGGCACUUGUAUCACUAGGCAGCAAAUGGAAUUGAUGUACGAGCCAGACUUUGUGUCCGCUUUGAUGCAAUUCACAUCGGCCCUAAACGCCCACCAAUUAUCGGACACGGAGUUGGGCCUGUUCUCCGGUGCUGUACUCCUGGGCGAGAGACCAGGCCUGAACGACGUGAAGGCGGUGCAAAGGCUUCAGGAUCGUCUUCUGGAAGCGUUGAAGGUUCAAGCGUUACGAAAUCACACGGUUUCCGGUGAGGCUACCUCGGCGGGUGGCUGUUCCGGUGUCUCGAGCGUUUCACAAAGGAUACCAGAAUUGAGAGCUCUGGGUGCCAGACACGCGAAUCUCCUCGAUUGGUUCAGAAGGAACUGGACCAAGCUCAAAUUACCACCUCUCUUUGCCGAGAUAUUUGACAUUCCCAAGUGCGAGGAAGAUCUUCAGUGAAGAGAAUGUUUCAGAGUACAUCGAGUUAAUUCGACGAAAACGAACGGCCCUGCCAGAGAGAAUGUUCUCUGAUUGACGGUGCUCGCCGCGCAAGCCGGUGGGCUCGAACAUUUCGAGAACGAUUUGUUUUCGCUAGCUGGCAGUGAUGUACAACGGUGCGAUGAGACGACGCUCGGUUCCAUUGGAAAGGACGCCUAAGGAUCGCUGAUCUGGCGCGUUUUUAACGGCUCGAUCUCGACGGAUCCGUCGUGCGCUGUUCGUUUCAUUGACACGCGGACGGAAGAUGGAUCGUUUCGAGACGCGAACGGUACACGCUGCUGAUUUCAAACGGAAAAUGAGAGAGGUUUCGGUAACGAUGAAACGAAUGGUGCAAUUACGUGUCGACACGAAUCUUAGAAUCUUGUUCGACUGAUUAAAUUACGGUAAUCUUUUUCACGAUCGUAUCGAGUCUGCAGCAGUGACGGGCAAAUGUCCACUGAAGAUCUUAGGGCAACAUGUGAAGCGAUUUUUUCCUCUUGUGGAAGGGUGUGUUUAGUGCGAUGCAUGCUUCGCAAGAAGUCUCGCAGAUUUAAUAGGAGAAUGUUGAUCUAACAGAUCAAAAUGAAAAAUUCAUGUAUAUAAUUUCGAGCUGUAACAUAUUGGUCAAAGUGGUCACAUAUGAGACUCGUAUCAAACUAGCAAGCCUAGUAAUACUAUUUUUAUGAGACUUUCUGCAAGGUGUGGAUUGAACAAGAAAGUAAUACAAAGAAUCAUUGUAAAUGUCCAUAGAACAAACGAUUCGAUCAAAUCAAAUAUUAAGCCAUUCCAUGAAUGAUGUGAUUGUUUUGAUACAUAUAUUAAAUGCAAAUCUGUCCAGUCCAGAUCACAGUGAAUUUUAGAAUUUUAUUUAACAGUCUGUUAAAUUUCUGUCCUACACGAGGUUCAUCUUUAAUAUUGCAAUUUGCGACUGAAACUUUAAAAAUGGCUUAUAGGAUAAAAUGGAGCCAUUCGCUAAACGCACCCUAACGCGAGCGUAAUUGCCCAUCACUGUUCUGGAUGAGCCAUAAUUAGAGUGUAAUGAAAGCGAAAGAAGGAUUUGUACCAUUCGUAUGCAGUAUCGCGCGCUACAUCACACGAAGCAAUUAAAAAUACUCAAUCGAUGAAGGAGGGAAACGAAGUUUCGUGUCACGUUGGUCCAUGCGCAUAUCGUUGAUUGCAAUAAAGCGACGCAGUGAUCGAACACUGGUCGCGUCUAAAAAAGAUAGCACAAAAUCGUGAUCAAUUUACAGGCAUGUUUAUUACGAUUUACCCCGGUGAAAGGAGUAUUCUCGAGCGAAUCUUUCGGACAUUUUUGACUACCGUGGAUCGUAUCAUUUUCAAAGGAACGGAACAGAUAGCGUGCAGCGUUCUGUCGAAACCAGUUGUCGAACUAUCACGGAUACCUGUAGCAGACGUAACGUCGAACUUCGUUAGACAUAUCGGAAUAUAAUAUCGUAUCAUUAUCGUUCUAUUUUUUUUCCUCUGUUCCGUACAAUAAGCCGAACGAUCUUUCCAUUCUCCUAGAAAACUGUGAAUCGACAGGCAACUGCAU